ACCAUCCUACUCCUCCACUUCACUCUCUCACUGACUUUCUUCUCCUCCACCUCUCUUCUUCUUCUCCUCCACUUCUUUCUCUCUCUCUCUCUCUUUCUCUUGAAACAGGGGCUCAACCUGGUUUUCAGCACAAACCCACCACUCAUUCUAGGGCUCUAGGGCCAUUUCACCUCUCUUUCUCUCUCCCUCUCCCUCCUUCUCUCUUAGUCCUGUGUGUGUGUGUGUGUGUGUGUGUGUGUGUGUGUGUGUGUGUGUGUGUGUGUGUGUGUGAGGCCAGUAUGGAGAUCUCCAUCAGACUGCUGCUGUGUGGAGUCUUGUUAAUAUGUGGAAUCACUCACGCAAAGAGAGGGAACGGAGUUAAGGAAAAGCCCCAGGCCAAGCUGGCGGAGGAGGCGCAGUCCCGGUUCGGUGUGUAUCGGGACGGGGACUCUGUGGAGAGUUUGUGUCCCGUGACUCCUCAGCAGAAAGACUCUCUAGUGGCCUGCAGUUUCAACAGCUCCAACCCAUUGGUGCUCAUCAUCCAUGGCUGGUCUCUGGAUGGCCGUAUGGAGGACUGGGUGAUUAAGAUGGCCUCAGCGGUGAAGGCCCGUCUGGGAGAUGUGAACGUGCUGGUGUGUAACUGGCUGCCAUUGGCCCAGCGGCUCUAUCCAAUCGCAGUCAGGAACACACGAGAAGUGGGGCGGGAAGUGGCGCUGCUUCUGGAUUGGCUGGAGGACACGGCCCACAUCCCCACUAGGAAGGUCCACUUGAUCGGGUACAGUCUGGGGGCCCAUGUGGCUGGGUUCACGGGCAGGUAUUUAAACAGCUCCAGGAAACUCGGACGGAUCACAGGAUUGGACCCCGCUGGGCCGAUGUUUGAGGGUGCAGCUGCUGAUGAUAGGCUGUCUCCCGAUGAUGCCGUAUUUGUUGACGCCAUCCACACGUGCACCAGGGACCACGUGAUGCUGAGUGUGGGCAUCAAACAGCCCGUGGGGCAUCUGGACUUCUACCCAAACGAUGGCACUUUGCAGCCCGGAUGUUACCGCAGUCUCAGUGACAUGAGUGGACACAUCUCCCAGCAUGGGCUCCGAGGAGUGACUCAUGUUGUGAAGUGUGCCCAUGAGCGGUCAGUCAACCUGUUCAUCGACUCGCUCCUGCACAGAGACCAGCAGAUCACAGCCUUCCGUUGCCGCGACAACAACGCCUUCAGCCAGGGCCUGUGUUUAGACUGCAAGAAGAGCCGGUGCAACACUCUUGGCUACGGAACCACAGAGGUCAAGACCAGAACCAGCAAGAGCUUCUACCUCAGAACCCGCUCCCUCAUGCCCUACAGAGUGUACCACUACCAGCUGAGGCUUCAGCUCGUUGACCAGAUGAAACAGUCCUGGGCUACGGCGUCUGUCUCCCUUACAGGCCAGCGGGGGAAGAGUCAGGAACUGCCCCUUCAUCUUUCUGCAGAGCUGUAUGGGAAUGCGACCCUGAGCUUCCUGGUGACGGUGGACUCGGACGUGGGGCCGCUGGAGGAGCUGACGCUGCGCUGGGGAGCGCAGGGCGUGUUAGCGGACAUGUGGAGCAGGAUCCGGACCAUCAUGCCCUGGGGCGCGCAGGGGAGCGCCCCCGUCCUCACCGUGGGGAAGGUGCGCGUCAAGGCUGGAGAGACACAGGACAAGAUGUGGUUUUGCUCCCAGUCUGAUACUGUGACCCACUUGCAGCCAUGGAAGGACUAUGUGUUUGAGCGAUGCCAUAAACGCCAGCCAAAGAGCAAGACUGUCCCCAUCACACCCAACACCCAGUCUUGAUCACACCCAACUCCCAGUCCUGAUCACGUCCAACAGCAGCCAGAAGAGCAGUCAUCACAUCAAAUAUCAUAACACCAGAUCACAUCAAAUAUCAUGUAACACCAGAUCACAUCAAAUAUCAUAUAACACCAGAUCACAUCAAAUAUCAUGUAACACCAGAUCACAUCAAAUAUCAUAUAACACCAGAUCACAUCAAAUAUCAUAUAACACCAGAUCACAUCAAAUAUCACCCAAGGGGAUUCCAAAACAAAUACCGUCCAGUAACCGAGGAGCAACGAGUCUCAGUCACCUCCAGGAGCCGAGGAGCAACGAGUCUCAGUCACCUCCAGGAGCCGAAGAGCAACGAGUCUCAGUCACCUCAGAGCAGGAGUCUCAGUCACCUCCAGCAGCCGAGGAGCAGGAGUCUCAGUCACCUCAGAGCAGGAGUCUCAGUCACCUCCAGCAGCCGAGGAGCAGGAGUCUCAGUCACCUCAGAGCAGGAGUCUCAGUCACCUCCAGCAGCCGAGGAGCAAUGAGUCUCAGUCACCUCAGAGCAGGAGUCUCAGUCACCUCCAGCAGCCGAGGAGCAACGAGUCUCAGUCACCUCCAGCAGCCAAGGAGCAGGAGUCUCAGUCACCUCAGAGCAGGAGUCUCAGUCACCUCCAGCAGCCAAGGAGCAACGAGUCUCAGUCACCUCCAGCAGCCGAGGAGCAACAAGUCUCAGUCACCUCCAGCAGCCGAGGAGCAGGAGUCUCAGUCACGUCCAGCAGCCAAGGAGCAGGAGUCUCAGUCACGUCCUGGGCCUCCUCUCGAAAGUGUCUCACACUGUCACACAAACUCUGGUACCAUCACCAUAACAACCAUUACCACCACAUCAAGGUGACUGUCUGAUAAUCAACUGUGUAUUUUUUUGUUGGCCAAGUAUAAUACGUGCCUCUUUCUUUAAUAAACAUACAGGCCCAUA